AUGAAAUUUGCUCUUAAAGUUUUUGAAGAAAUGUUAAAAAGAAAUAUUUCUACUAGUUGUUAUUGUUAUAAUGUUUUAAUUGAAGGAUUUGCUAGAUCAAAUGAACCAUUUAAAGCUGAAAAAAUGUUUUAUGCUAUGAUAAAUAAUAAGAUUAAACCGGAUGUUAGCUCUUUUAAUAGUUUGAUAUCUGCUUGGGUGAUGGUCGGUAGAAGGGAUAAAGUAUUUAAGGUUUAUCGUGAAAUGAAAAAAUAUGGCGUAAAUCCCAAUGAGGUUACGUUGAACAAUAUGAAUUUAGUAGGAAUGUAG